AUGAUUGAUCCAAGAAUUUCAAAUCCCCCUAAUGAUGAUUUGGAUAAUAUAACAGAUAAUGAGGACGAAAGAGAAGAGCUACUUAAACAAAAGCUUUUGCGCAUGGAAAAUGAAAUGAAUAUGCUUCGAAAAUCUUUAAAUGAUAGUAAAGAACAAAAGAGUCAAAGAGAACUAACGUCAUCAAAUCCAACCACUACUUCGUACUUUGUGAAUAAUCUAGAAAGAUCGGCACAGCAAGCAAAAAUUGAACUUGCCCAUAAGCAAGAAUUACUGAAACGAAGAGUUCAUACUUUCAGAAAUUUGAACAAUGAAUAUGCUCCACAAAUUGUGGAUCUUAAAGAAAAAUAUUCGCAAAAAUGGAUUAAUAAAUUAUAUUUACCUGAAACUGUUUUGGACGAAUUAUUACAAGGAAAGAAAAUUUUGAGAUUACCUAAAUUAUUUGCCAAAGUUAGGCCACCUAAAUUUAAGGAGCCCGACUACUCGAAUUGGGUCACCUUUGGUAUAGUGAGUUCUAAAAGUGAAAUAAAGAUAACAAACACGGUAAAUAAUCCAGUUAAAUACAUAAUUUUUGGUUUAACGGAUUUCACCUUUGACAUAAAAUUGUAUAUAUUUGGAAAUAACAAUGUUUCCAAAUAUUUUAAUUUGGAAAUUGGUGGUUUGAUUGCUAUUUUAAAUCCGAAAAUUUUACCUUGGAGAACUGAAGACACAAAUAAUAACAGUGCUAGUGAUGUUUACAAAUCGUUUAAUUUAAGUAUUAGGCACGAUUGUAACAAUAUAUUAGAAAUUGGAAAAAGUCGAGAUUUUGGAUUAUGUCCCAUAAGAAAUAAUAACCAAAGCUGCAAUAGCCCAAUAAAUAAAUCAGUAGAAGACAGAUGCUUCUAUCAUAAAGAAUUACAAUUGAGAAGAAAUGGUUCGCAAAGAUUGGAAUUAAACAGUACUAUAUCUAGAAGGGGUCCCAACAAUAAAGAACUAUAUUUGAAUAAAUCCAAUACAAGUUUUAAUAUAAGAUAUUCAAACAACCAUAAUAAUAAUAAUAAUAAUAAUAAUAAAAGGAAGAUUGGACCCAUAACAGUUACAGCAGCUAAAUCGACAUUUACUUCUUUGAACGCUGCAAAAGCUUUUUUUGAUGAGGAUUUUGUUAAUCCUGAAAUGUUUAACAAUUUAGAAAACAAGAGAAGAAAGAUCAAGGAUUUAAAUACUGAAUUGAACUUAAAAAAACAGCUAGGAAUCAUUCCAAGUUCUAAAACAAAAAAGGAAAAAACAGAGUUGUUUAAGCUUAGUGAAAAAGUAGCACCAAUGUUUCAGAACUAUGACCCAACUGGUGGCAAGCUAAAAUACAUUUUACAACACACAGAUAAUGGAGUCACUGGUAAUGAUAAAGAGAACAAGAAAAAGGAGGCUAUAGAGUCGUUAUUAAGUAUCAAAAAGGAUAAAGUAAAAUUGAAGAGAUCAAAGAAGGAAAUUAAUCAAAAGAGAAAGACAAAAGAUGAAAUAUGGUUGAGAUACCAUGGGAAAGAUGAAAGUGAUGAUGAUGAUGAUCACAAUCUACUAAUAAUUAAAAAAUAG